AUGCACAACGAUUACCGGAAGGACCUCCGCUCUUCGGAUUACUACAAAUUGCCACCGGGAGAGUUGAUUCCCCAUUCUCACUCUCACCAUCAUAGCGGACAUAGCCAUCACCACGGAGAUCAUAAACAUGCACACCACCGGGAUAAGAGCGAUCACAGAAGCAAGCACGAUCCUCACCAUGGCCUCCAUCUUGCAGAGGGAGCAGUAGCCGCUGUCGGUAUUGCAGAAACAGUGCAUCGACAUCGUGAGAAGGAGGGAGAGGACGUCAGUCAUGGUUUUGGGCAUAUCGUUCGUACAGUGGGUGCAGGUGCACUUGGAGCAGUGGCUGCCAAUGAGGUUGAACGACUUCAUGAUUCACAUGAAAGUAAGAAGCAUAAUCGUCCAUCGAAUGAUCACCAUCACCACCGCAGCCAUCAGCAUGGCCAUGGACGUGGGCAUCGCUAA